AUGAGUUCGCGAAAAACUAAUCACCGUCAACCUCGAGAAAAUGAACUUCCGACCACGCCUGUUGAAAGCACAGUCAGACAUGUCACAAACACAGGACGCGCAGCGACCACCACCAAACCCAGUCGAAAUGAUAGACAACCCUCAUCAUUCCUGACAAACCCGAAAAGACGCAAAUAUCCCAGUUCUCUUGACUGGGAUAGUCAAAUCACCUUGACGCAGUUGGUACCAAAGGCAGAGGCAGAGGCAUCCGAUCCCGCAUCUGGGCUGGUCGAAUACGAGCACCAUGGGACAGAAGGGAGAUCAGCGGAAGUGAUAGAUCUGGUCGAUGAUACUGAAAAAUACGAUGAAUCGUGGACACCUUCAACGAGCCGGCGGCCGGCGGCCAAAAGACAAUCUACUGGCGGCUCUCGUUCUCCCAACAGUAUUCCGACUACGACAUUCAAGAGGCGAAAGUCGAGUGUGUUGAUUAGUGGAGGGCCAAAGGCUAGCAAAUUGACUAGAGGCAAGAAUAAUAAAGGUUCUGGGCGAAACGGCACGGAUAGGAAUAAGACGCUUACGCAGAUGGAUUUUGUGCGGCGGUUUAUACCACUCCCCGAUUCGGAUGACGAGGAUUUGAGUUUGUAUGAGGAUAAAGAACCUGCGACCAAGGAGAAAAUUGCUGAGAGUAAGGAGGAGACCUUGAAAGAUGAACUCGUGGACUUGACACCGAGGAAAAGAAGGAAACUGAACGAUCAGGAUGUGGCUCCGUCACCCACGAUCAAAAGCAAAGUAUCUCCGGACGAGAAAAAACCCCCGAUACUGAGUAUCCCUAGCGCUCAGCCAAAGACACCACAGAAAGAGCGACGGUUUGAGAUACCCUCGUCACAAACUCCCGAAACUCCUCAACAGGCCUUUGCUCCUUCGCCGAGCAUUCGUCGAGUAUCUCGCUUUUCGCUAGAAGGACCGUUGUCAAACACAACCCAAGGCGAUAGGCCCAAGAGUCCCCUUCAGGGUGCAUCUGAAGAAGUGCGGGAUCAACACAUGCGAACGGAUGAGCCAAAGCCACAAGAUUUCGAUUUUGCCGAUGAUGAUAUAGUGGCCUCCACCAUAAUCCCAUGUUCGCAAUUACUGCAAAGAAGCACCGAGAACGAAACCACAAUUUCCGAAUCCGACCCCGUACAACCUACUUUACAGCCACCAGAGCCGCCGCCGCUGUCAUCAGCACCAAAGAGGACUAUUGUUUACGACACUGAUGAGGAGACAGACUACGGCGAUCUAGAAGAUGAUAACCUACCAGAAAUUUCUAUCGGAGCAAAAGCCUUGGAGGAAUGGGCAGAACCGAUCGACGGUUCCCUGAGAGAUCCUACUACCAAAAAUUGCGAUUAUUCAGAUGAUCUUCCUCCCAUACCUAAUUCUGGAACCGACCUGGAAAUCACUGGCAAUAUAUUAUCCGACACCAUGUUGCCUUCAGAGUCAUCGGUAUAUUAUCGCCGACCUGCUCAGUACACCCAGUAUCCAAAUGAACCUGUGCCGAUGAUGAAUACACAGAAGAUAGCGGAACUAUUUCCUGUGAUCGAAGAAAAUGAUUAUCCCGCCUCUACAAUGCAGCCAUCGAUUCCAUCUACGAGAGAACCCGCGGCUUCUGUGCCUCACGGUCACUCCGAUGCCUUGGGCUCCGAAAUGGAAACCCCGACACAAGACGACUCUGUCAACCGAUCGAUUCAAGUAGUGCCAGAAUCCUCACCAAUAACACGAAGUUACGACACGGCCAGAUUGACACCAAACACAAUGGCACCACCAACACGCGAGUCGAUAGUACUCGUAGAAUCGUCACAGUUGGUGGACAGACUUAACCGUCAAAACGAGAGCAUGGACACCGGUAAAUCCUUGAGAAGACUAUUUUCUACGAGAGACUUUCUUACGGAUAGUGUGAUGGAGAGCAUUCCGGCUCCUCCGUGGAUGGCGAGUCAGGAUAGUAUUGGGGAGCCGUAUCCGGAGAAUGAGGACCAUGGACGUAGUGGAUAG